AACCAUUUGACAUUUCAUCAAUCCAUUCUUUUCUGAAUCAAAAAAAACCACAAACCACAAACCACAAAAUACAGUGAAUCCCAAUCAUCGAACAUUCAACUUCUUCUCGAGAACGUUAUUAGCUCAGUUUCCUCUACCUAGGUAAUACUGCACCUCGCAAGGCGAUAACCCCACAAUAUCCAACUACUCACGAUCCGAGCCUUAAGUUGGUACAAUCUAGUGAGCCAGAGGAAUAACACCCUUUUUCUCGAACCCUUUAUCAAACGCCAACAUUCCGUCAACAGUAGAUUUAAACGGUGCUGGUAACCUGGGAAAACGUAAACUCUCCAACGCGGAUUCUCAGAGGCCAGAUAAAAAGAUGAUGACGGCCAUACACACAAAAGAUAAAGACAUGGAGACUAAGAUGCAGGUGGAUGAGUCGGUGGUUGGCAAUAACGAGAUCGAUGAAUCGCUUUACAGCAGACAACUUUAUGUUCUAGGACAUGAGGCCAUGAAGCGUAUGGGUGCUUCGAAUGUGCUGAUUGUGGGACUCAAGGGACUCGGUGUCGAGAUUGCAAAGAAUAUUGCUUUGGCAGGUGUCAAAAGUCUUACCCUAUAUGAUCCUGCGCCCGCUGCCAUUUCCGACCUUUCAUCUCAAUUCUUUUUACAUCCUGAAGAUGUUGGGAAGCCAAGAGCGGAAGUGACCGCACCACGCGUUGCUGAGCUAAAUGCAUACACACCGGUCUCCGUUCACAAGUCAUCAAGCUUAACAGAGGACCUCACUCAAUUCGAUCGAUACCAAGUCGUUGUCCUGACCAACACUCCCCUCAAGGACCAAAUCAUAAUUGGCGAUUAUUUACACAGCAAGGGAAUUUACCUGGUAGUUGCGGAUACAUUUGGUCUCUUUGGAUCAAUCUUUUGCGACUUUGGUGAUAAGUUCACUGUUCUUGACCCCACUGGCGAAGCUCCAGUUAGCGGCAUUGUUGCUGGAAUCGAUGAAGAAGGUUUAGUAUCCGCUUUGGAUGAAACACGACAUGGCCUUGAGGAUGGAGAUUACGUUACUUUUACCGAACUGGAAGGGUUAGAAGCUUUGAACGGUGCAGAACCUCGAAAGGUAACAGUGAAGGGGCCAUACACUUUCUCUAUCGGAGACGUUACUGGACUUGGCCAGUACAAGAAGGGUGGAAUGUAUCAGCAGGUCAAAAUGCCAAAAUUCAUCGACUUCAAGCCAUUGUCUGCUGCUUUGAAGGACCCAGAACAUCUUAUUUCCGACUACGCAAAAUUCGAUCGCCCUCAGCAGCUCCAUGUCGGUUUCCAGGCUCUUCAUGGUUUCCAAGAAUCUCAAGGUCGCCUUCCAAGACCGAUGAAUAAGGAAGACUCCCUAAUCAUUACCGAGUCUGCUAAGACCUUCAUCAAGAACCAAAAGCUGGACAUUGAAGUUGAUGAGAAGUUGAUCGCCGAGUUGAGUUUCCAAGCUCAAGGUGAUUUGAACCCAAUGGCAGCUUUCUUCGGUGGCCUUGCAGCUCAGGAAGUGUUGAAGGCUGUUUCUGGGAAAUUUCACCCAAUCAAUCAAUGGAUGUACUUCGACUCUUUGGAGUCCCUUCCUACCAGUUUCAAACGGACCGAGGAAACAUGCAAACCCCUCAAUUCUCGAUACGAUGGUCAAAUUGCUGUAUUUGGUCAAGAAUACCAAGAAAAGCUUUCCAACAUCACCCAGUUCUUGGUUGGUGCCGGUGCCAUUGGUUGCGAAAUGUUAAAGAAUUGGGCCAUGAUUGGUUUAGCCACAGGCCCAAAGGGCAAGAUCUUUGUCACUGAUAUGGAUUCGAUCGAAAAGAGCAAUCUCAACCGUCAAUUCCUCUUCAGAACUAAAGAUGUUGGCAAGUUGAAGAGUGAUUGUGCUGCUGAGGCAGUUCAAGCAAUGAAUCCUGAUCUUAAAGGUCAUAUUGUUACCAUGCGUGAUCGAGUUGGUCAAGAUACCGAACAUAUCUUCAACGAGCAAUUCUGGUACCAACUUGACGGUGUUACUAACGCUCUCGAUAAUGUUGAUGCACGAACUUACGUUGAUCGUCGUUGUGUCUUUUUCCGGAAGCCUUUGUUGGAGAGUGGAACUCUUGGUACUAAGUGUAAUACGCAGGUUGUUCUCCCUCAUUUGACCGAGUCAUAUUCCAGCUCUCAAGAUCCUCCCGAGCAAUCUUUCCCCAUGUGUACACUUCGAAGUUUCCCCAACAAGAUUGAACAUACCAUUGCUUGGUCUCGAGAAUUGUUCGAAUCAUACUUUGUCAAGCCAGCAGAAACUGUCAAUUUAUACCUCACUCAACCAGAUUACCUUGAUAAAACUUUGAAACAGGGUGGCCAAGAAAAAGCAACCCUAGAAACGAUUCUAGAUUUCUUGGUUGAGGAUAAGCCAUUGUCUGUUGAGGACUGUAUCAAAUGGGCUCGUUUACAAUUCGAGAAGCAAUACAAUAAUAACAUUCAACAAUUACUGUACAACUUCCCUAAGGAUUCAACUACAUCAAGCGGUACACCAUUUUGGUCUGGACCAAAACGUGCCCCAGAUCCAUUGAAGUUUGACCCCAAGAACCAAUAUCAUUGGGAUUUCGUUGUCGCUGGUGCUAGUCUUCAUGCCUUCAACUAUGGAAUCAAUACCACUGGUCUCAACUCAAGCACAAUUCAAAAAGUUCUUGAUAACAUGAUCAUCCCCGAUUUCUCUCCCAGCUCUUCCGUCAAGAUUCAAGCUGAUGACAGUGAACCUGAUCCAAAUGCUGGAAGCAGCUCUUUCGAUGAUAGCUCGGAGCUUCAAAAUCUCAUGGAUAAGCUUCCAUCGCCUAAAUCAUUGGCUGGUUUGAAACUCUCACCAGUAGAGUUUGAAAAGGAUGAUGACACAAACCAUCAUAUCGACUUUAUCACCGCUGCUAGUAACUUGCGUGCCGAGAAUUACAAGAUUGAGCUUGCCGAUAGACAUAAGACAAAGUUUAUUGCUGGCAAGAUUAUUCCCGCUAUUGCAACCACUACUGCUCUUGCCACGGGAUUGGUAAUCAUGGAAUUUUACAAGAUUGUCGAUGGUAAAGAUGACAUUGAGCAAUACAAGAAUGGCUUCGUCAACUUAGCCUUACCUUUCUUUGGAUUCAGUGAACCUAUCGCUAGUCCAAAGGCUACAUACAAAGGUCACACAGGAGAAGUCUCUAUUGACAAACUCUGGGAUCGAUUUGAAGUUGAGGAUAUUACUCUUCAAGAACUCAUCGAUGAGUUCUCAAAGAACAAGGGUCUCGAUAUCACUAUGUUGAGUUCAGGCGUCAGUCUGUUGUAUGCCAGCUUUUUCCCCAAGGCAAAGUUGGCGGAUCGAUUGAAUUUGAAGCUCAGCGAACUUGUUGAGCUCAUUUCCAAGAAGCCUAUCCCAAGUCAUCAAAAGACGGUGAUCUUCGAAAUUGUUGUGGAAGAUCAAGAUGAAGAAGAUGUAGAAGUUCCUUAUAUUAUGAUGAAGUUGGGCAAUUAACGACACAAAGAUGAAGGGGCAUACAUUUCAUGGGACUAACAUUAGAGUAGCACGCGAAAUAUGAAUUUAGCAAAUUAUAAGUACCUUAUACAAAUCAUAAUGUGUUGAAUA